UUACCGUGUAAAAAAUGUAAAAGCAGAUUUGUGUAAAAGCCAAAAACAAAUGCGAACGGUGAACGGUAGCAACAUAACGUUUUUUGUUCGUUCCUUUUGUGGUUCCAUCAUAAAAGCCAAAAACUUGAUUUAUAAUCACGUACGUGCGGCCAGCAGUAAAUCAAUAUUAAAACAAUAUAAACCGAUCGAAGAAAUGCCUUACCAAAUCAAUUAAUUUAUAUAUGUAUGCACAAAGCCAAAUGCAGCCAAAGUGUUAAUCGAAUAAAUCAAAAACAAAAAAAACUACAGAAAAGACAGAAAAUCCAUCCACCAACAUGUAAGGCAACGCAGGCAGCUCCGCAAAGUUGGCUUUUGCACCCGCCCCCCGCUCCAAAGAUGGCCGCCAGGAUGUGCAGCAGCAGAAGCAGCAGCAGCGUUUCCAUCCUCAUCAUCUAGCUGCAGCAGUGGCAGUCUCAGUCGCAGCAUCCAUGCAACAUGCCAGCAUAUAUACACACAUACAAAUGUAUAUGACCAACGCACACAUUCGCAUAGUCCACUCUUAAAGGCGGUUUUUCCCGGAACCUGAACCCGAGUUAUUCCUGAACAUAACUAAGGAGCAUCUAUCAAAAAGCAUUCGGCUGCUGCUUUACCAGAACCAACAAAGAGGGAGAGAAGAGAGACAGCUCGGCACAAGAUCGGCGCUGCGCUGCAUUACUCUGCAUUUCGUAUUUCGUGUUUGACAGUUGACAACGAGAGACGCUCGGGCGCGCACAAGCAGUUAACUUAGACCCGACGGCGACGCGUCGCUGCCGUCGAUCGUCGACGCUUUCGCGUUUCCCUUUUUUUUUAUCGCGGGUGUAAUUGAGAUUAUGAACAAGACCUUCAAAUUGUCCGAAAUGCAACGCACUAAUAUCGAGUUUGAACGUCAGCGUCAUUUGGCCAAUUGGCUGGUGAAGAGCAGUCCCCACAUGGCAGCAGCAGCAGCGGCAGGAGCAUCCACACCUACAUCAGGAGCUCCAGCAAACACGGCAAACACUGGAUCAACAGCAGGAGUGGCGGCAGCGGCAGGAGGAGGUGGUACAGCGCCAGGCGGCGCGCCCAGCCACAGCAGCGCGGCUGCAACAGCAGUAGCAGCUGCAUGUAACGGUGGAGCACCAGCGGGCGCCCAUCCCGGCCACAUGGCUGCCGGAGCGCGCAAGCCCAAGUUGCGGCGCUUCAACUCCCACGACACCAGCUCCAACAUGUUCUCGGUGGCGGAAUUUGAGAACGCCCGACUGGCGCGCCGCAACGAGAUCGAGCUGAACCAGCGGCUGGCCCGACGCCUGCGCAACAGCGCCAACGGCAGCUAUGGCCUUGGUGCUGGCUCUGGCUCUGCCGCAGGCGGCGGCAACGGUUAUUCUGGCUUCUGUGGAGGUCUCAACGGCAGCGGCGACUACUCGACCGGCGACAGUAAGGCCUCCAAGGGAAGCAGCGAGUCGCAGCAGGAGCCGCUACCCGCCGACAUAUUCCUCGAGCGGUUCUCGCUGCCCCGUGUCGUCCGCAUCCUGCAUGCCAGCAAAAGCUCCAACGAAACCCUGCAGUCCAGCUCUUCGCACGGCUCGUCCACGGCGGCCUCAAGCAGUUCUUCGACGGGACCGAAGCCAGUCAGUGGUGGUCCAACGAUCACUAACAAUUCCGAUACGGGCACUGGCACCCAUUCCUCCUCCAGCGCUGGGAGCGGCAACAACAACAGUAACAACCGGCCAUGCAGCAGCGGGCACGAUGAGCUUUUCCUACUCUACAGGCUUGUGCGACAGCGGAACAUCUAUCAUGGACACAAUGCCAAGACUCAGGCGUCGCAGCGCAAGAAAAUCGUGCUAAUACCACAAGAGUUUCCAGGCUAUUUCUCGCUGCUCAAUGAGAAGGGUCUGCCGACAGCCACGCAAUACAGCUCGCUAAUGCAUCUGGUGCGGGAGCGGGUGUACAAGUUCGUUUCGGUGGACAAUAUGCCAGCUUUUACAGAGUCCUCGCCAGCGGGCAGCGCCAGCAGUCCCACGCACGAGGGCUGUCUGCCCGUCAUCAAGGGGCGGCCACAGUACGUCAAGACGACGGCACGUGGCGGACAGGUGUUUCGGCUACUGGCCGUAUUCGAGGAUGGAAAGCAGGAGCAUGGACACGGCCAGGGACAGGCAAGCUUGUCUCAACACGGAAGUGGGAAUGUGACCAAGUCCCAUUCAAGUGGCUACAUCGGGCGCGAGAAGGAGAAGAACCGAUACGCCCAGUUGCUGAACGAAAACCGCCAGGUUAUGUACGUCCCCCUGGCCACCAAGGGAAAGUUCUACGAGAUUGAGCCGGGAGUACCGCAGCUGCUGCAGAAGCUGGGCGAUGCGCAGCGCAAGAUCAAUCCGGAAUGUGUACACCGAUUGGGGGCACUGGUGACGGCGGCCAAGCUGUUGCCGGUGACCCUGCGCUAUAUCUCGGGACCCGCCGGACCGGAGAUACCCGAACAGUUGUGCAUCAGUCAGGUGACCAAGGAAGAUGUGGCCGUUGGGUGCCCCAUCGAGGACGUUGACACGCAGACGCCGCUGCAGCUUAGAAAGUUCUACCCCAGUCGGGACAUGCAGCUGAUCAAGAGUUACCUAGGCUUCGAUUCCGAGCAGAGAAUGCUGGCCAACACCAAUGUGCAGAAUAUGCUGAAGUUCUGCCAGUUCAACUGCGAUCAGUUCCUGCGGCUGGUGGAGGUGGAGCUGGUGCAGCGCUCGGAGCGCUCUGGCAGCAAAACCCGUGAGGGACUCAGGAUCCUGAAGCCCCUCCACUUGCCUCGGAUUUUGAGGCGAGAGAAGAGCACCAUGGCGGCGGCCCACGAAAAGGAGGAUUCGAUUAUAUUCCUUAGCAAAAGCGAUUUGGAAAGCCUGGAGGCCAAGGAGGCGGCGGCGGCGGCAGCAGCAGCAUCUGCUUCAGCUGCCUCCUUGUCGGAUGCCGGAACCAAUCGCAUCUCGGAACGCAUGAAGGUGUUUCAGUCCACCAAGAAGAAGUGGUUCGGCAAGCAACAGCAACAGCAGCAGCACCAUGAGAAGCUGCCGCUCGACUCGGAGCUGGAUGCGCAGGCCAAGCGAAUGAGCAUGGAACGCUAUACGGACAUGUCGAAGCUGCUACAGGCGCGAUUCGGCUCAGAUCAGGAGCAGCCAGAGCGGGAUGCUAUCUCUUUGAAUAGUGGCGGAGCCUCGGAUACCGAGACCACCACACUGACCACCAUCGAACCCAAGUCCUUGGACACGUUGCUGCAAAAGUCCAUGUCGCUGCAGGACAUCGAGCUGUUGAAUGGCCAGUGCAAGCCUCGUCCCGAUCUGCUGGCCACACACAGUAACACAGAUGCCAUCAGCGAGGCGGGCAUCGAACUGGAAGAUGUGGAGAAUCAGACGCCGCCGCCGCAGUCGUUCAUUACCGAAAAGCUCUACAAUGAGUUUCAUGUGAAGACGCGCCAGUACAGCAAGUCCUCGUCGAGUCUUCACCAAAUGCGUCACUUCUCGUUACCCCAGAAGCUACAAUUGCACGAGGAGGCGGAGCAGGAGGAUCGUAGUCUGAUGCAAUUGAAGGCGCACCAGCAAUCCCUGACCAAGCAGCCCGUCACGGGCCGUCGUGCGGCGGGCGGAGUCUGUCUGCUGGGAGGUGGACUGAACAAUAUACCGUCCCCGGUACCGAUCUCAUCCUUUUCCCCGGUGGAAGACGAUCUGCCCUACUCGAGUGUGCGCGACUCCUUGGUAAUGGCCAGCGAUGGAAGUCUGCAGCCACAGGUUUCUGUGCGGGGGCCCGCACCAGUGGACUACACCAAGGAGAACAUUUAUGCGGAGAUUUGUCCUUCGCAUACCGUCGACACAUUCUCGGGCGCUACACAGUUCACCCAUGUGCUGGAUGACGGCGAUGGGGAUGGUGAUGGGGAUUAUGCCUCUCUCAGGUAUCCGACCAGUGGACCUCAGUCCGUCAGUCGCAUCGAGAUCAACGGUGGGGCCUCAAAGAGCGCCAUCAGCUACCACACAGUGUACUUGGGCGAGGAGCCGUUGGGGGAGAGGCAUGCGGCUCAUAUUACCACCGUGGAGCUGGCCGGUGAGGACAACAUAUACAAUACGCUCAAAUGAUGACUAAUGUGAUUCCGGCGACGCAAAUUGGCCGGCGCGAAGGGACUGUUUUAAGGGGCAAGCAAGUGGAAAUAUUUCACGUGAUCUAAUACUAAAUGUUGUAGAAAAUCAUUCAUUAAUAUUCUAAUAUUGUUGUAGGUCUCAUACUCGAACUGAAUCAAAAUAUCAUUGUAAAUCAAUCUCUUGGAUCCCGAAAUGUAUUUCUAAGUAUUGAGUUUAAAAAGCGUAGAGAAGAGACUUCUUGGGGCAGCUCAAACUGAUCUGAUAAUUGAAUAUACAUUAUAAUUUGAAUAACUUUUUGUACAAGUUCUGCAACAGGGCAGUCUUGUAAUCUCUGAAAGAAACUGAAUUUAUGUUUUAAUUUGUAUGAAACGUUCUAAUUCUUAAACAAUUUGUCCAUAAAAAACACACACAAAAAUCUGUAUUAUAAUCAUAUACAUUUUCCUUGCUUGCCCUCUGAUUAAGAGAUGCAAACAAUCUGAAAAUUGUAUUGCGGCUUGUGCACAAACUGAGAAAUUUAGGUAUUUUGAAUAUUUCUCGUUUAGCUUUGCCAGAGAAAGUGGGAAACGGAACGGAAUGGAAAUCUCUGUCAUAAAAAGUAUAUAGAAUAUAUAUACAAAUAUUUGCAGCAAUUAGUAUUAGUUAUUAGCAUAUGGAACAACUUUGUAAAUGAGACGUCCAGGUGGGCGACGAAAAACCCCUAGAAAUGACAACUCAAAUUGUAAUAUUAUUAUAAAAAACAAAAAUCAAGUGAAGACAAGCAAUUUGUAUUGUACAUACGAUUAUAUACUAGAUGUAUGGGCGAUUCUAUUGCCUUGUCCUUGUGUCCCGUCCCACAACCUGUCCCUGACCCUGACCCUGACCCUGACCCUGACUCUGACCCUGAACCCUAAACAAAGCAAAAACACAAUGAAACUGAACAUUUGGAAAUUGCAAUAUUAUACAAUUGUAUACAUUACUUAUAUACAUAUAGAUAUAGAUAUACCUUUAUAUAUACAAACACACAUACACAUACACAUACAUAUAAAUAUAUUAUACUUACAUAGAAAUCUUAGCGCGACCUAAGGUAUUAUUAGCUCGUAGGCAAUCAACAAGUCAAAUCAAAUCAUAAGCGAUACACAUCUACAUACGCAUAUACUUACACAUACAUACAUACAAUUACAGCUAUCUAUUGAUUGUAUAUUUGUAAAAUAGCAAGCAAAUUUGUAGGGCAUCAGGCCAAACUUUUACACGAUCUCUCGUAUUAUGUCGUUCUUUUUGGAAGUUACACUGGAAGUGAGGCAUGUCCACAUCGUACAGUUAUGAAUAUUUUUUAUUAUAUGUAUGUAAAGUGUGUAGUGUACCAUACGAGUAUGUCUGCUGGUCCGCUGCGCUGAUGAAACUGAACAUUCUGAAUCUUUUUGUGUGUGGUAUAAUGAGUGGACAAAAUAUCGAGCCAUAUUUAAAUGCAGUCUCAAAGUAGUGUUUAGACAUUAAGAUCUUGGUAUUUCUAGUCUAAUCUGAGAAAAAA